AUGACACUAGUAAAAACAAAAGUUGGAAGUUCCUUCAUGUGUACUGGCAGUAAGCUUGGAGAAUUCCAAAUCUGGAUCAUAAUUUUUUCCUGUUUUCUUUUUCAGAUACUCUUGUGCUUAGUGUGCAUUGUAAUUUUAAUAGCUACAGAGCUCUGGACACGUAUUCAUUGGUUUGUUCAGCUAAAACGUGUUUUAUUAAUAAGUUUUCUCAUCAGUUUUGCAUGGAAUUGGCUUUACUUGUAUAAGCUGGCCUUCGCGCAGCAUCAAGCAGAAAUUGCGAAAAUGGGGCAGUUUGAUAACGUCUGUGCUGAGAAGUUGGACUGGGGGGAAAGUCUUAUUGAAUGGCUCAGAAGUAAAUGGACGUUCCAGGAUGAUCCCUGUCAGAAGUACUAUGAAACUCUGCUAGUAAAUCCUGUUUUGCUGGUUCCACCCACAAAGGCAUUGGCAAUUACUUUCACCAAUUUUGUAACUGAGCCUUUGAAGCACGUAGGACAAGGUAUUGGUGAAUUCAUCAAAGCGCUUAUGAAGGAGAUACCAUUUAUUCUGCAGGUUCCAGUGCUAAUUAUGAUGGCUCUGGCUGUCCUGGCUUUCUGCUAUGGUGCAGGAUCAUCAGUGUCGAUGUUAAGAUACUUAACAUCUUUUCAGAAGAAAAGUCUUCCUCCACCUGACAGCCACCAGGAGAGAAUAGACUUUGGGCAGUAUGACGGGAGUAAAUCAGAUGGCUAUUAUUCGCAGAAGCUUCCUUAUAUUUGUAGAGGACCUCACGACAGAGGAGACGCUCCUGUGAGACCAGGGAAUGGCAGCAGGCGGCCUGACAUCGGGCACACGAGCAAUGAACCAGAUACGCAAGUAGAAGAGCCUCGCAAACCAGAGCCUGUGUACGGUAAUAGAUGGCGCACCGAGUCUGAAGUUUGUAGACUAGAAACUAUCACAGCUGAAAACCGUACUGAAGAACACGCACUUGAGCAGCAGAAGCAGGAGACAGGCAAAGCAGAGCGAGAGACUGGACAAAACUGUGAUCCUAAUAAAAUCCUAGAAGGGAAAAGCUCUGCAGUGGAACCAUGUGAAGAGAAGGAAAAGAGCAGCUCGCGGGACUCGCAGGAAGGAGACUAA